AUGGCGCUGUGGCUCCCGCGCUCACGGGACGGCGGCCCUCCGUCGGAGGAGGACGAGGAGCGGGGGCAGGCUCCCGCUUCCCGUCAGCGCCUGCCGGAAGUGCAGACAUACAGCCAAGGGAUUGAAUUAGCCUGCCAAAAAGAAAGAGAGUUUGUGAAGCACUCUGUAGAAAGCACGUGGAACCUAGCAGAAGCCCAGCAAAAAUUUGGUAGCUUAGCACUGCAUAACUCAGAAUCCCGCGAUCAGGAAUCUGCUCAAGCAAAGACUGAAGCUUCAGAGUUGAGAAGGAGAGAAGAAGAGUGGAGAAGAAAAGAAGAAGCACUAAACCAGAGAGAAAGACAGAAUCUAUGGAACACAGAUCCUGUUAGUAAGGAGGUAUUUAAUAAGAGUUUUAUUAAUCAAAAAAGAAAAGAAAUAGAAGAUGAAGAUGUGUCUGAACCACUUAUGCAAAAACAUGAACAAAAGAUUAGACACUUUGGUAUGCUGAGUAGAUGGGAUGAUAGUCAAAGAUUUUUGUCUGAUCACCCAUAUCUUGUAUGUGAAGAAACAUCUAGAUAUCUCAUGUUGUGGUGUUUUGAUCUAGAAGCUGAACAGAAAAGAGCUCUGAUGGAGCAAGUAGCACACCAAGCAGUUGUAAUGCAGUUUAUUAUAGAAAUUGCCAGAAGCUGCAAUGUGGAUCCAAGAGGCUGUUUUCGUCUCUUUUUCCAAAAAGCCAAAACAGGAGAAGGCUAUUUUGAGGCUUUUAAAAAUGAACUUGAGGCAUUCAAGACGAGAGUGAGAAUCUGGUCACAAUCACAUGGCUUUCAAACUAUGCUACUACAUGAUCUCAGUGUCAAUCCUGGUCUUGUAGGAGAGCUGACAUCUUUUUCACAGAACACAGGUGAUCUACAAGGUUCCAUAAACACAGAUGUCUUCACUUUAAACUCUGUGAUACAAAGAGAUGAAGAAGAAUCCAAAAUGAUGGACACAGUAUAGUACUCUUAAGACUGAG